AUGGCAAUGAAUUGUUCACUACGAGAAGAAAUUGCACGUCAAAUAGAAUUGUAUACUUAUCCAUUUUUACUUGGUCUGGGAACAGUGGGAAAUCUUUUAUCAAUAAUUGUUUUAAUACACAUGAGACAACAUAGUGUUUAUCGUUAUUUAACAUUUAUGGCUAUUGCCGAUACAAUUGUUUUAUAUAUUGGAUUAUUACGUGAAUUACUUUUAUCAUCAAGUCUUCAUGUUCAUAUACAAGGUACAUUAUUAUGUAAACUACAUGUUUUUUUCUUCUAUAAUACGCUGCAUCUCUCAUCUUGGUUUCGGUGUUGUUUAAAUUUAGAUCGUUAUGUUGCUGUCAAGUUCCCAAUAUAUACAUCAAAAUGGUGCCGGACACGACAAGCAUCGAUUAAUUCAAGCGUUGUAUUCACUGUUUUAUCUUUAUCUAAUAUACAUUUAUUAAUAUUUGUUCAAGGUGAUAAUCAUCCUAAGAGUUUACAUGGUCUCAAUUCUACACGCUCUACUGUUAAUCCAUUCCAAUAUCAACGAUGUUAUUUACAUCCAAGUUAUGUACACUUUUUUGAACACAUUUAUACGUGGAUUGAUAUGUUUCUUGUAACAAUAAUCCCUUUUAUAUUUAUUAUUUUAUGUAAUUUAACUGUUAUUAAUCGUGUAUUUCUUGUAUCUGGUCCGGGUAAAAAAAAUGAAGUUGUUAGUCGUUCCAAAGCAACAAAUCGUUUACGUUCAUUAUGUUUAAUUAUGAUAUGUUCAUCAUUUGUAUUUGUUGCAACAACUUUACCAGUAACUGCAUUUAUAAUUGAUUUAUUAUCACACAAAGCAUCGAUUGAUUUAAUGCGUUGUCGACGUAUACAAUGGACUAUCUAUAAUAUUUUAAUGUAUUUUAAUUAUGCAAGUAUUCUUAGUUAUUGUUUAUCCGGUACAGAAUUUCGUCAUACACUUAUUAAAACAAUACGUCUUCAAGGGAAACCAAGUUUAGCAACCAUGUUACAGACCGAUGUAAUGAAUGCUGUUAAUCAACGUUUAACAUCAACACCGCAACAAUUACGUCAAGUAUUUGUUGAAUAUCAAGAUCAAAAACGUUUUCGUUCAUCAUCUGUUAGUGUGUCACCAGCGCUUAGUCAUAAGAAAAAUCAACAUGCAAUGAAAACAACACCAGUUCAUGCAAAAUAUUUACAAAUUCAACAACCACAAUAUCAUGGUCGUUACAGAAAUUCUUGUACAAGUCAAACAAAUGGCUUAGGCGUUACAAGCUCAUCAACAAUUCAAAGUUUUCGACAUACAGGAGGCGGACCAAGCUUUGUACUAAAUAAUCAAAAUGACAUUUCUGAUCAUACUGAUGAUAAAAGUUCUGUACGCAGCAAAGUUAGUUUUCAAGAUAUAAGUCAAUAA